UGACGCAAGCGUAGCAGGAGAGCGCUGUGUCCGGAAGUUGCGGCCCCGUCACCGCUGCUGCUGCCGCUACUGCAGCCGCGUUUGCCGCGGAAUUCGGCGAGUAGAACCGCUGAGACGGGCGCGGGCCCGGGUAGGGCCGGGGUUCCGGCCACUCUGCAGAAUGGAGAUAAUCAGGAGCAAUUUUAAGAGCAAUCUUCACAAAGUGUACCAGGCCAUAGAGGAGGCAGACUUCUUCGCCAUCGAUGGGGAGUUUUCAGGAAUUAGUGAUGGACCUUCAGUCUCUGCAUUAACAAAUGGUUUUGACACCCCAGAAGAAAGAUAUCAGAAGCUUAAAAAGCAUUCCAUGGACUUUUUGCUGUUUCAGUUUGGCCUUUGCACUUUUAAGUAUGACUACACAGAGUCAAAGUAUAUAACGAAGUCAUUUAACUUCUAUGUUUUCCCGAAACCCUUCAAUAGAUCUUCACCAGAUGUCAAAUUUGUUUGUCAGAGCUCCAGCAUUGACUUUCUAGCAAGCCAGGGAUUUGAUUUUAAUAAAGUUUUUCGCAAUGGGAUUCCGUAUUUAAAUCAGGAAGAAGAAAGACAGUUAAGAGAGCAGUAUGAUGAAAAACGUUCACAGGCAAAUGGUGCAGGAGCUCUAUCCUACGUUUCUCCUAACACUUCAAAGUGUCCUGUCACGGUUCCUGAGGAUCAAAAGAAGUUUAUUGACCAAGUGGUAGAGAAAAUAGAAGAUUUAUUACAAAGUGAAGAAAACAAGAACUUGGAUUUAGAGCCAUGUACCGGGUUCCAAAGAAAACUAAUUUAUCAGACUUUGAGCUGGAAGUAUCCAAAAGGCAUUCAUGUUGAGACUUUAGAAACUGAAAAGAAGGAGCGAUAUAUAGUUAUAAGCAAAGUAGAUGAAGAAGAACGCAAAAGAAGAGAACAGCAGAAACAUGCCAAAGAACAGGAGGAGCUGAACGAUGCUGUGGGAUUUUCUAGAGUCAUUCACGCCAUUGCUAAUUCGGGAAAACUUGUUAUUGGACACAAUAUGCUCUUGGACGUCAUGCACACAGUUCAUCAAUUCUACUGCCCUCUGCCUGCGGACUUAAAUGAGUUUAAAGAGAUGACAACAUGUGUUUUCCCCAGACUCUUGGAUACUAAACUGAUGGCCAGCACACAACCUUUUAAGGAUAUUAUUAACAACACAUCCCUUGCGGAAUUGGAAAAGCGGUUAAAAGAGACACCUUUCAACCCUCCUAAAGUUGAAAGUGCCAAAGGUUUUCCCAGUUAUGACACAGCGUCUGAAAUGCUCCACGAGGCAGGCUACGAUGCCUACAUCACAGGGCUGUGCUUCAUCUCCAUGGCCAAUUACCUAGGUUCUUUUCUCAGUCCUCCAAAAAUUCAUGUGUCUGCCAGAUCAAAACUCAUUGAACCUUUUUUUAACAAGUUAUUUCUUAUGAGGGUCAUGGAUAUCCCCUAUCUAAACUUGGAAGGACCAGACUUGCAGCCUAAACGUGAUCAUGUUCUCCAUGUGACAUUCCCCAAAGAAUGGAAAACCAGCGACCUUUACCAGCUUUUCAGUGCCUUUGGUAACAUUCAGAUAUCCUGGAUUGAUGACACAUCAGCAUUUGUUUCCCUUAGCCAGCCUGAGCAGGUACAAAUUGCUGUCAAUACCAGCAAAUAUGCAGAAAGCUAUCGGAUCCAGACCUAUGCUGAAUAUAUGGGGAAAAAACAGGAAGAGAAGCAGAUCAAAAGAAAGUGGAUGGAAGAUGGCUGGAAGGAGGCUGACAGCAAGCGGUUAAACCCCCAGUGCUUACCCUAUGCCCUGCAGAAUCACUAUUACCGCAACAAUAGUUUUACAGCUCCCAGCACAGUAGGAAAGAGAAAUUUGAGUCCUAGUCAAGAGGAAGCUGGCCUGGAGGACGGAGUGUCGGGGGAGAUUUCCGACGCUGAGCUUGAGCAGACCAAUUCCUGUGCAGAGCCCCUCUCAGAGGGAAGGAAAAAGGCCAAGAAAUUAAAAAGAAUGAAGAAGGAGCUUUCUCCAGCAGGAAGCAUCUCCAUGAACAGCCCUGCCACGCUCUUUGAAGUUCCUGACACGUGGUAACCAAGACCUGAGGGCAGCAAACCACUGGUGCUGUCGCCCUGAGCAAGAGCCGGCUGGCACAUUUGGAAGCCAUACUAUAUUUAACCUAAUAAAAUGUGGUAUGGGAGGGGUUGGAAACCAAGCUGUCUCCUGGAAAAAACAAAAAACAGGUUUUAUUUUUGUGGCUGUGGUUUUUUUUUUUGUUUGUUUUUUCCUUUUUAAUCUAACUGCCUGUUGACGUUGACAUUCAUCAUGGUUGUAGGCUGUCAUGAAUGUGUACGUGCUUAACCAGUGAAUUCCGUGUUGCUCCUGUGAGGCCUUUCCUAUUAUGACCCAGUGUGCUUAAGAACCCACCUGAUGGGGAAUGUUGGCUGUGAAAUCUGCAGAAAGAGCUGACGUCCUGACGUGAUCAUGAAUUUGGGGGUGUCCUCCUGCCUGUGUGUCUUCUUGCGCUCAGAUUUUGAGGCGGUUGCAGCCCUCGGUUAGUCCCCCAGUGGAGAAAUGGGUUGUACCUCCCUGCUUCCCUCCAUAGCUGCCUGAAAAUACGACGCUCUCAUGCUUGUCGUCCACUCACACCGACCCAUGAGGGAGCUUGCCCUAUGCCCUGGUCUUUGGGCAUAUUUAUGUAGAGUUCCUUUCUCCCAAGACAUGAGUUUCAUGGGGGAUGUACGAGUAAAAAGGUUAACUUCUGUUCUUACACGUGGCGCCGUGUUCACUUUCCAGAGUCUCUGUUCAUUUGUUUGGGUGGUGGUCUGGGGGUACAGCGGUGUGUGUGCAUGUGUGUGUGUGUGCUUGUGUGUGUGUGUGUGUGUGUGCUUGUGUGUGUGUGAAAUCAUGCAAAUCUACAACAUGUCCCAGUUCAUUCUCUGUUGAAACAGAUCACAGCAAUGACAAACGCUCAUGGAGCUGCUUUGCUACACCCGCUUUAGAUAGAUCAUUGUUAGAUAUUUAACAUUUUUGUAUGGUGAAAAUAAAAAUGAAAAAUGUAUUUCCAAAAGAUGACAAUUAAAGACAUUUUCAUA